UGCAGGCACUAACAUUCGCUUACAAUAACGCCGUUCUCGAGUUCUUUUCGAAUAGUUUUGAGUCUCUUUUGAAGUAGCGAAAUUUAAAUGUCAAGCACGUAUUUUAACUUUUGAAAGACAAACUGAUUUUCGACCAUGAGGAGAUCAUCGAACGCGGUGCUUCAAUCCCAAACCUCUGAACCAUUAAUUGUAGUUGAAGAUUCUUAUUAUGAAGAUCCUGAAGACAAUAAAGCUAGUGAUCCUGACUCGCAUCACAGUUCAGAAGAUGAAUCGCCCACUAUGAACCCAUAUCUUCUGUCUCCAUACUCGCGAGACAUUCGUAAACACUCUUUGCCGACGCCACAAUGUAGUGGUAUAACAGCAAGUCAAGUUCGCCGUUUAUCAGAAAGGGGAGAGACGGUGGGGCCUGGCCCUCGGCAAGCCGAAUUCCUGGCGACCCUUUCAACAGCUCCAGCUCCUUCUCCCGGAGGUCGGCGACAUUCUGUAGUGACCAUAUCAAAAGUUCCUCCCACUUUGUUUGGAAGGAAUAGACGCGAAUCUGUGGCAGCAUUUUCUUCCGGCACUGGUUUUCCCACACGAAUCCUCCCUAACAGACGAGAAUCAAUUGCUUGUCCUCCGUCAACUGAACCGAGAGGCAGCGUUCAUAACCUCCAGUUAGACAUAAUGGACGAUAUAGUCCAAGCUCGUAAAGUAAGGAUGAAGUUGUGGACCACCAGCAACGAACGUGUUUGUGAAGUUCAACCUUUGGAUGAUUCCAAAUCUGGCGACGUACAAAGAUACACAAACUCUUCCAACCGGCGGUACUCCGACUUCGUUGGUACCACUUUAGCGCCUAUUCCGAGUUCGAGCAAGCGGCGGGCUUCCGAACUCCCGCCCCCCAACACCUGCACAACAACUAGCGCAAGUAAGCCAUCCACCAUCGGAAUAGUUUGCUCUAAUACUGAUCUUAUCUCUAUUUUAUCUUCCCUUUCAACUUCUUCCACGGAAAUAAAUCAGUGUGAGACAGCACGAAAACCUGAACUUCCCAAAGCUAUUGACCAGAAACGCAGUCGACUGAAGAGCAACAGGUCAAGCAGUUUCGACAUUUCUAUUCUUCACAGCGAUCAACCGAAAUCUGUAGAUACCGCCAAUACGCCUUCAAACUGGUUCGCCAAACGCCAUCAACCGAUAUCAACCCGACCCACGGUUGUUGAGAAAGAACCCGGAAAAGUUGUUUGGGACGAAAGAAGCGGAUCUUUGGUGGAUGCGCAAGCCUUAGGCAGUGCCAUCGAGGGUUUUCUCAGACAAACCACGCCAGAUACAGGUAGCAUCCAGACUUCUUCACCGCACACUUCACCCAGCACAUGCAAAACACCAACAACUAAAAGCGCCGCUGGCCGGUCUAAAACUAGUUGGUUUUCGAGCAAGGGCGAAAGUGACUCAACAGAAACCUGCGACUCUUCACUCUGUUCAACUUUGAAAGACUUGUUUGUAAAAUAAUCUUCUAGAUUCGAGAGCUGACAUUGCGCACGGCAUUAUGUUUAGAUAAAUCUAUCUAAUCGGUGUUACAAUAUAAAUGUGUCUUAUUCAUAAUCACUUUGGUGGAGUACAAUCAAAUAUUCCCGGUUCAUUCAAUUUAGCCAUAGUUUUAUCAACUUUUCUGUUUGUAUUGCUGUUUAGUAAAGUGACCUUCAAAGGUUAGACCAAAAUAAAAACAGUUUGUGCUAAGUAUAAAUAUCAUUCACAUUUAGUCGACUGUUACGGAACUAAGGCUAUAAGAAUAAAAUAUCACAUUAGCCUUUACCGCCAAAUACACAGAAAAAUUCAAAAAAAUCAUUGAAAUUUGAUUAAAACCAGCAUGCUUUUCUUCUGUGUUGGAAGCGUUGGCCCCUCUCGAAUAUCGAAACAGUAUUAAUAAAAUAAACAAAUUUUAAUUUUGGAAAUUCAUUGUUAAGUUAAGGUGCCUUUAAAGUAAACUUCUUACAAUGCCACGUAAGUCUGACUUGAUUCGAGAGAAAUUGGAAAACUGUAUAAAAUUUUGUGGUCACUUUGCGGGUCAAAGUGUUACCACCUAGCAAAACUGUAAAUAGAUCAUAUUAUAAUAAAAUUUUGGACCAUAUAAAUGUUGUGUAUAGACAAUCUUCCUGAGUUCUAACGUGUAUCACAUGUUUCAAAUCAAUUUUGAAGCUACAUUCUAAAAAUUGUAUAUUUUAAAUACUCAAUUUAAUGUUAUACUGACUCGAUAUAUAAAGACAUAUUGUUGUUCGAUGUUUCUAAUCGUUGUUGUAAAUAGCUCGAUGUACAGACUGUUGUUAUAAAUGUUAUAAUAAAGUAUGUUU